AUGCAGUCAUCCGCGCUUCAUCUUACCGUCACUCCUACCAUAAACGCGACGGACACAUUCGAUCGCCUUGAUGCCAUCAUCCUCGUCGAGGCGGCUACGUCUCUCCAUGAAGAGCCCAACUUGCCGAGGGAUUCCGAUACCCAGAAUCCGGGGGAUUUCGCAGGUUACUGUGUUAUAUCCUGA